AAAUCAUCCAAUAGCAUAAGAACACGAGAUAUGGCAAUUUUUCAAAUUAUCUGACCAACUAAGGUUAAUAAGAUGGGUGCAGAAAAACAGUAUUGUCUUUAACCUUGUUCAACGUACUUCACAUUUAACUCAACGUUUAAGAAUUACUUAGUUAUCAACUGAACUUCCAUGAAAAAAAGCUUUUUAUACAUUAGGAAGUAUGAUCUGUGCUAGCUCAAAUGUUUCAAUUCGAGACUAUGUAACUGCUCGGGAUCCAGUCUUCAGUACACUUGCUUUAACCCAGUAACCUGUUCUCAGUCUGCACGUGCAGACUAAUGUAGUACUACAUUAGAAACUCACUUUUACCUCAAAGGUAUUAAUAAAUGCUGAUAAUAUGAAUUUUAAUUAUGUCAAUACUGUUCUCAUCUUUUGGGCGAAUUUCACUGUCUUUGUAUUUGGGGCUUUCCGCAAUGAACAUUAUAAUCAAGCUUCUUUUCGUACGAAAAGAGAAAUUCAUGCGAAGGAAUUAGCUCGAAUACUGGCCGAAGUACCAUCAGGACGACAUGAUGAUGUUGCUCUAAAAAUUCUUCAAAACAUCAUCAUUAUUCUUCAGGAAUCACGUAAAAUACUAAACAAUACUGAUAUUAAUUCAGAGACUAAAGAUGAUACAAUAGGACAAGCUUUUGCAUUAACUUUUGAAAAUACCGCUGUAUUAUGUGAUUUAAUUUUACGUUUUCCUGAUGUUUAUCAUUCACAUUAUGAUGAAAUGAAUGAUAUAACUGCAUUAUUAAAAUGGUCAUUUAAUUUAUUACGUGAAUCGAAAUUAAUGAAUAAUAUAGAUGAAAAUAUUUUAUAUUUAACUGAACAAGAAUUAAAUCUUAUAAAAAGAGAUUCAAAUUAUGUUAAUGAAUUUAGUUCAAAUCAGAAAAUGAUCAAAGAGAAGUUGAGAGCAGAAUCAGAGCGUAAAGCGAAAAAAUCAACUGUCAAACGUGUCAAGAAACCUCGACUUACACCAGUUCGAAGUGAACUCUAAUAAUUUAUUUAAAUGUCCCCUAUACAUUUAUGUACAAUACAUGCAUAUGUAUAUAUGAUUAUGUAUUUAUUCUAACUUUCCGUUUUCUUUCAUAAUUUACUAAUGUUGAUUAUAACAUGAAUGAUGUUCUUAUCGAGAGAAUUUACUUUGUAUUAUUAUUGUCUAUAAAUACCUCUGUGUGUGUGUGCUUGGCUAGUUUAAUGUACUACUAUGCAAGGAACUUCAGUUUUCAUAUCGAAACAUAUCUACCACCAAUUAAUAAUGAGGUUUAUGGGCAUUGGUUACAAACAGCUAUGUUUGCACGUAUGCUUGGGAAACUGAGAUUCCCAGUUGUUUUUACUAAUUCAGUGUUAUAAUAAUUGGAUAACAUAAACACACAAACUUACAUUCAAAUAAAAAAGGAACGAAUCGAGC